AUGUCUCUAAGGAUGAAGUUGAUUGGUAUUUCCCUGUGCAUUUUGGGAUGGAUUAUGGCAAUUGUGGCUUGUUCCUUCCCCAUGUGGAGGGUGAUAGCCUUCAGGGACGGCAUUGUGGCAGGUCAGAUCAUCUGGGAGGGCCUGUGGAUGUCUUGUGUGGUCCAGAGCACGGGACAGAUGCAGUGUAAGGUCUAUGACUCCAUGCUCGCCCUCUCCCAAGAUCUCCAAGCUGCCCGAGCCCUCACCCUCAUCUCCAUCCUGUUAGCACUCCUGGCUGUGCUCAUUGCCAUUGUGGGGGCCAAGUGCACCAGCUGCACUGAGAAUGAGUCAGCCAAGGCCAAAGUGAUGAUUGUCUCUGGAGUCCUCUUCAUUGUAUCUGGUGUCAUGGAGCUCAUUCCUGUCUCCUGGUCUGCUUACACCACAAAUAGGGAUUUGUACGAUCUAUUUCUUUAUUAUAUUAAGUGGAGUGAGCUGGGGGCUGCACUGUAUAUUGGCUGGGCAGCGGCUGCACUCCUGAUUCUGGGUGGUGGACUGCUCUGUUUCUCCUGCCCGCCACGCGAGACGAGCGCUCCCAGCGGC